UCCAUCUGGCAACACUGGUUGAUUGACAAGACAUUUCAGAGAACUGUUGUCAAAAUUUCACAGAUUUCACUUAUGUUACUUUUCUUUUGAAGAAUUGAAAUUUAAAAAAGGUUUAAAAAUAUUGCAAAACGAUUUAGUGUGAUUUAUAAAUUUCAUCAAAAUAUGACAAUGGGUGAUGAAACUCCUAUAACAACUUUAAUUUUGCCUGUUGUGAUACGCCCAAUCUUAUCACAGUUAGAAAAGCAGGACAUGUCUGCGUCGCAUACAUUACGGGCCGCGUUAACUAAAGCUGAAUCCACAUAUCCUGGUUUAACACUUGAUUUGGUUCUGGGAAUCUUAAAACAAGGCGACCUUACUGUAAAUAUGAAUGAAAGCAUUUUGAGACUACAAGGAUCUGUGCCAGAUUCAGAUGUAGUCGAAUACAGAUUGAAUAGGUCAGAAGAAGCAUUUCAGGAACUGAACAGAAAAUCUGCUUCUUUAAAGAGGAUUUUGAGUAGAAUACCUGACGAAAUAAUGGAUAGAAAAAAGUUUCUAGAAACAAUAAAGGAAAUUGCCAGUGCCAUUAAAAAAUUAUUGGAUACCGUUAAUGCAGUGAAUGAAUUUAUACCAGGCACCACUGGUAAACAAUCAUUGGAACAGAGGAAACGUGAAUUUGUAAAGUAUUCCAAAAAGUUUAGUAAUACACUUAAGGAAUAUUUUAAGGAUGGACAUGCCAACUCAGUUUUUGUGAGUGCCCUGUAUUUAAUUCAUCAAACUAAUAUGAUCAUCACCACAGUUAAAAAUAAAUGUGAAUAAUUUGAUGGGUAAAUACCCAAGUAGGAGUAUUUUGGUAAAGGUAAAAAGUAUUAUUGUUAUGUAUUUUGUUAAAAAUAUUGUUUAAUAAUAAUUUAAAAAAGUUAAUAUAUACUUCUGUAUUUGGUAUGUCUGUUCUUAUUUAAUAAGUAUAUAUAUUAAAAAAUGUUAAUAUAUUUGAUGAAUAAGUUACUAUGUUAUUAAGUAGUUAGUUGAAGUUUAUCAUUAAUGUUUUCAUUUUUUUCACUGUAUUAGCAAAAUGAACUUCGGAAUUGUAUAAUAAAAUACCUAUUCUUUUAAAAA